UAGACACCGACGUGUAGAAAACGUGCUGAGCGUAUCGUGUGUCGAAAUUUUCCCAAUUUAAAUCAAAAUGGGGUUCGUUAAAGUAGUAAAGAACAAGCAGUACUUCAAGCGUUAUCAGGUCAGGUUCCGCCGCCGUCGCGAGGGAAAAACCGACUACUACGCUCGCAAGCGCCUGAUUUUCCAGGACAAAAACAAAUACAACACCCCGAAGUUCCGCCUGAUCGUUCGCCUGAGCAACCGCGACAUCACUUGUCAGAUUGCGUACGCCCGUAUCGAAGGCGAUCGCAUUGUGUGCGCGGCCUACUCGCACGAGCUGCCACGUUAUGGCGUUAAGGUUGGUCUGACCAACUAUGCCGCCGCCUACUGUACCGGUCUGCUGGCUGCUCGCCGCAUUCUGCAGAAGCUGCGUCUGGAUACCCUGUACGCUGGAUGCACCGACGUGACCGGAGAGGAGUAUCUGGUCGAGGCCGUCGAUGAAGGCCCGGCUGCCUUCCGGUGCUACCUGGAUGUGGGUCUGGCCCGUACCACCACCGGUGCCCGCGUUUUCGGUGCAAUGAAGGGUGCUGUCGAUGGCGGACUGAACAUUCCGCACUCCGUCAAGCGGUUCCCCGGCUACAGCGCCGAGAACAAGAGCUUCAACGCCGAGAUGCACCGUGAGCACAUCUUCGGUCUGCAUGUUGCCAACUACAUGCGCACCCUGGAGGAGGAAGAUGAGGAGGCGUUCAAGCGUCAGUUUAGCAAGUACAUUUCCCUGGGCAUCAAGGCUGAUGAUAUUGAAAACAUCUACAAGAAUGCCCAUGCCGCCAUCCGCAAAGAUCCUUCCUUCACGAAGAAACCCGAGAAGAAGGUCACCAAGAAGCGGUGGACUUUGGCCAAGCUCCCCCUGGAGGUCCGCAAGGAGAAGAUCGCCAAGCACAAGGCCGAUUUCCUGGCCAAGAUCCAGGCCGACGUCGAAGCAUAAGCUUGUACUCUACGUGGUGUAUCCUUAUUAUUUCUUCUCUCGCUCAGAUCUGGCGAGCAACAGAAAACAUUCGUUUAAUUUUUGCUUCUAUUUGCUGAAGAUUAACAUUAUGUUGUAUGGUGUUUGUGAACUAAUCGCGAUCGUCGU